AUGGCCAAGCUCUGGGUCAAGUUCCAGCGAUAUUUUCGCAGGACACCGGUGCGUUUCUUUACCUUGGUGGCUCUCUACCUGACGGCUGGCAGCCUGGUCUUCCUGCACUCGGGCUUCGUGGGCCAGCCGGCCGUGGCUGAGAAUGAGCCCAACCCAGCCGCCAGUGCCCCUGAGGGAGCUGAGCUGCCCUAUCAGGACCUCCUGCACCUGGAGAGGGGCUUCCGGGAGACCCCCGAGUCUCCGAAUGCAGUCCGCAGAUAUGGCCCCUGGCUCAAGAGCAGCUCCUCGAAGGACUCCCCCGAGCGGGGCAGGCUGGGGGACUACGGUGGCACGUGGAGCCGGGCCCUCAAGGGGAGAGUCAUCAGGGAGAAAGAGGAAGAAAAAGCAAAAUACGUCGGCUGCUACUUGGACAACCCCAGCAGACGGGCCCUCCGAGGAUUAUCCUUCUUUGACUACAAGAAGAUGACAGUCUUCCGCUGCCAGGACAGCUGUGCUGAGCGGGGUUACCUGUAUGCUGGGCUAGAGUUUGGUGCCGAGUGCUUCUGUGGCCACAAGAUCCAGGGGGCAAACGCAAGCCAGGCUGAAUGCAACAUGGAGUGCAAGGGUGAGAAGAACAACAUAUGUGGUGGCGUCAACCGACUCUCCAUCUACCGGCUUGAGCUGGCCCAGGAAUCUGCCCGGCGAUAUGGCAGUGCCAUAUUCCGAGGCUGCUUCCACAGGCCCGACAAUCUCUCCUUGGCUUUACCUGUGACAGCCACGAUGCUGAACAUGUCUGUGGAUAAAUGUGUCGACUUCUGCACAGAGAAACUACCUCCACCUGAGUUUGGAAAGGGAGAUGCUAAGCGACCAGACCCCAACAAAUAUGGCAACCCUGAUCCACAGGAGUGGCCAGAGUUUGUGAAGAAUUACGCACCAUGGUGGGCCACGCACACAUUGGACUGGCUGAAGUAUGGCAAGAAAGUGUUGGUGGUACACUUUGAAGACCUCAAGCAGGACCUGUUCACCCAGCUGGAGAGGAUGGUCAGCCUCUUGGAUGUGGAUGUCUUUGAGGACAGGCUUCUGUGUGUGGAGGGCCAGAAGGAUGGAAACUUUAAGCGCUCAGGGUUGAGAAAGCUAGAGUAUGACCCUUACACCCCUGAGAUGCAGAACACCAUCAACUCCUACAUCAAGAUGGUGGACAGGGCCCUCAAACUGAGGAACCUCACAGGAGUCCCGGAUGACUACUACCCGAGAUGAUGAGGAGGCCUGUGGGGAGAAAAGUAUAGCGGGAGGGAGGGAAGGAUGGAGGAGGA